UUUGAAUUUCGACCUUCUAACAUUGACGAUGAUUCAAGGGAUCGAUUGGAGUUCUUUCUGUGGGAGUUAAAUUUCCUGGACAGUUUUCUCCGUCUGCUGAGCUUCACCUUCGCAGGUGAAUGCGGCAUGCUAGAUGUCGCACAGAAAAUGAAAGAAAUUUGGAAGAAGUCCAUAUCAGUACAACAGGCUACUCAACGAAUUUUUUUCUCUGAUUCUGACUGGGAGGGGUCUGUGGAUCCAUAUUUUGAUCCCUUUACCUCCCACGUGCCAACAGGAAUUUUGAAGACAAAGCUGGAUUUCCAAUCAAAAUACUCCUUCGUCGAAGUAUCAUCAAUACCACUUCCAGCCAACAAGGAUGAUAUUCCUCCCCCCAAAUUUUUAAUGGAAUUCAUCGAUGCUGUUAUAGAGAAUCUCAAUGUUCUAAAGCAGAUUGAUGAUCCUCGUUCGCUACUUUAUGUUCCGGAAUCAAAGGAACAGAUAGAAGAGGUUUUGAAGGAGUUGAAUUUGCUGAGGUUUUUCAUCUGGUUUGUUUCAAACAAAUGCACAGCCAGCUCAAAGGAGUUGAACCAAGCACUUGAUCUUGAUCUUCGGGGAAACAUUCAGCCUAUCAAAGCGAUGAUAUACCUCAUCAUUCGAAAGGCUUUUCAAUCUAACUUGCCAAGGAUUCAUGGACUAGGCUAUGUUGACUUUUUUUUAAACAACUUGAAGGAGUUCCAGAGCCGCCAUUCAGAUUCACUCGCUUUUGUCAUGAACCAACUUCAAAUAAUUCAGAAGAAACUUGAGAGCUUGCAACCUUUUUUAAGAUUUGUUGCCGAAGAGCGACCUUACAAGAGACUUCAAGAUUGUGCUACACAGUUGAUUAGCAAAGCAUAUGAGUUGGAAUACAUAGUUGAUGCUUGUAUAAGCAAAGAAGCUCCUCACUGGUGUCUUGAGCAUUGGCUCACCGAUAUUACAGAAGAGAUUACUUGUGUCAAAGCAGAUCUAGCAGAGACUCAAGAAAAAAAAUUGCGUCGUCCAGUAAUAGAUGAUCAUAAGUCAUCACAAUUGGUUAGGGCUCCAAGGAUGAAGGAAAAAAUAGUUGGUCUUGAGGACGUGAGGAACGAACUGAGGGACAAACUAACAAAAGGAUGCCAAGAACUAGACGUUAUCCCUAUUGUCGGUAUGCCUGGCCUAGGUAAGACAACUUUGGCCGAAAACCUCUAUUCUGAUGGUUCAGUUGUUGAACACUUUGAUAUUUGUGCACAAUGUUUUGUGUCUCAAGUAUAUAGACGUAUAGAUUUGCUACUGGCCAUUCUACGUGAUGCAACUGGUGAGACCCCAAGAUUGUCUAGUGGAGCUGAUGCAGCAGAUUUGCUUCGGAAAAUUUUAUGUCGGAAAAGAUAUCUUAUCCUUGUUGAUGAUGUGUGGGAAGCUAGUGCGUGGGAUGAUUUAAGCCCUUGCUUCUAUGAUGCCAAAAAUGGAAGCAGAAUCAUUCUAACAACGAGACAUCUUGAAGUUGCCAAUUUUGCUAGAUCUGUUAGUGAACCCAUUCCUCUUCGUAUGUUUAACGAUGACGAAAGCUGGAAAUUACUAGAAGAAGUGUUUGGUAAAGAAAGGUGCUCCCCUUCCCUUGAAGAAGUUGGGAGACAAAUAGAAACAAAGUGCGGAGGGCUGCCUCUUUCAAUUGUUGUGGUAGCUGGUAUUCUGGCAAAGAUGGAGAAGAAAGAAGAGAGCUGGAAACAAGUGGCUAACACUUUAAGUUCCCACAUUCAUGGUGAUACAAAGGCCAUUGUGGAACUAAGCUAUCAGAAUUUACCAUAUCAUCUUAAGCCUUGCUUCCUUUACUUUGGAGCAUUUUUAGAGGAUAGAGUGAUUGAUGUUUCCAGGUUAACAAAGUUAUGGACCUCAGAAGGAUUUAUAAAAAGUUUUGAAAGUGAAAGCAGGAGGUUGGAGAAAAUAGCCGAAGGUUACUUGGAGAAUCUUAUUGGAAAAAAUCUAGUGGUGGUUGUUAAGAGGAGUUCAGAUGGUAAGAUUGAAGCAUGUCGCCUUCAUGAUGUAAUGCUCGAGUUCUGCAAGGAAAAAGCAACGGAGGAGAAUCUUCUGCUAUGGAUAAACAAAGAUCAAAAUGCCAAUCCUACUUCCAACAUUUACUCUCGUAAGCAGCAUGUGCAACGUCGCUUGGCUUUUCGUGAAGUGGAUAAUCUUGAAGAAUGGAGCUCGUCUUGCUCACUUGUUGGAUCUGUACUUUUUCAGGAGUGAUACAGAUAUCUGGCCCGUCUCCCCGUACCCAAACCCGGUUUCACAAUUUCACGCAUUUUACAGAAUUUCAAGUUUCUAAAAGUAUUGGAUUUGGAGCACUGCAUUGUUAUUGAUUUUUGUCCAACUGAUCUAGUCUACAUGAGAUAUUUGUCUGCAGAAAUUGAUCAGAAUUCAAUCCCAGCAUCCAUAUCCAAUCUUUCGAAUCUUGAAACUCUAGUAUUAAAAUCUAGGGGGCAAAUAUCGUUACCGGUAACACUUAGAAGAAUGGUUAAAUUGAGACACCUACAUAUUGCUCAGUACUUCACUAUAAGUAAUGCAGAGAAACCAUUUGAUGAUGACUCCUUAAAGUUUUAUGAUUUGUGCACUCUUUCUCAGCCAUAUUUUUCUUGUGUCGAGGAUUUUGAAUUGAUGUUGAGAAAAGCACCUAAUAUUCGAGAACUGGAAUGCAAAUUCAAGGGUGUUUGCAGCGUUCCGUUCCCUGUAUUGGAUUUUUCAACACAGCUUGAGACGCUGCACAUUAUUGGUGAAGCCGUAGAAUUCCAGCAUCGGUAUCCUGUAUGCAUCUCCGCAUCAAAUCUCAAAAUAUUGAAAUUGUCCUUCUUUAGGCUGGGGCACGAGCACUUAUCAAACAUUGCUCAGCUUCAGAACCUUCGGGCCAUUGAAUUUGACGAUGAAAAAUGGGAAGUGAGAGAUGGCGAGUUCCCUCAACUUAAAGUCUUGAAAUUAAUGUUUUGUCGCAGUCUUGAAGAAUGGACAGCCUCUGAUGACGCAUUUCCUAACCUUGAACUCUUGUUUUUGCGUGGACUAGAAAAUCUGAAGGAGAUCCCUUCUUGUUUCGAAGACAACUAUUCUUUAAAGUCUAUUGGCAACGAAUCUGUUGUAAAGUCAGCCAGGGUUAUCCAAGAAAUACAAGUUGAUGAUUAUCGAAAUGAUGAUUUCAAGCUCGUCAUCAAGUAAUCCAAAUUCAGAAUAUGAAGACUGAAGUCUGAAGAGUUUGUAGCCGGAGGCAAUUUAGAAGAUCAUCAUGUAAUUUUUUUUAGUUGUUUCUUUAAUAAAUUCUUUAGAAUUAUCCUUCAGUCACUGUAACCUACAUUUCAUAGUAUAACUACAGAACAAAUUAUUCAUUCAAUCCUUAAUGUUUGGUGUGAGUCAUUAGAUUUUGACUCCUGAGGUGAAUGGUUCCAACCUUUUAUUUUAUUUUUCUCAAGAGUUGUGCUGCUUAUGAUUUC